AGCUGCAGGCAAAUGUGCAAUACCGAGAUGACCUCCCUGACGGACGGCUCUCCUGUCAGCGCCUCGGAGCAGGAGGCUCUGGUCAGUGCUCGCGGGCGGGCGGCGGUGGGGGGAGACGGGCGGUGUGAGAGCAGAGCAGAGCCGAACCGAACCGCCCGUGUGAGGGGUCCGGGGGUCUGGGCGCUGUUUCCCGGAGCCCUGUGGCGGGCAGGCGAUUUGCUUGUGAGGAUUGGGCCAGCUGAAUACGGAUUUCCUGAUGAAGCGGUUCAAAAAAAAAAGCUCUGGGAGAUGGGUGUCGUUCAGGGUGUGGGAAAGCCAUCGCGGCACAGCUGACGGUUUUAAAUGUGGCGUUUUCGCUUUCGGCUGCGUUGGGCUUCGUGAGGAAGCGUUCAUCGGAGCCCCCAGCUGUACGAGGCGCUGCCCGGGCGGGGCGCUGCCGGCUGUGCGCUCCCCACGUGGGGGGCUUCUCUCCUCUGCUUUCAUGGGAGGCUCUCGAUAUGGAUCCAGAGCUGUUUGCACUCCCACGCUUUCGUUCCUCGCCCUGUAAGCUAGCGUGGGUUUCCUCUGUGAAGCUGCCGUGUCCCGCGUGCUCCAAGGAGCUGAAGCUUUUAGAAGGAGAGUUAAACCAAAGCCGCUGUUGUUGAAGCUGUUGAAGUUAGCUGGUGCAGAAAAAGACACUUUUACUAUGAAGGAGGUAAUAUUCUAUCUUGGACAAUAUAUUAUGUCUAAACAAUUAUACGAUGAAAAAGAGCAACAUAUUGUGCACUGUGCAAAUGAUCUUCUUGGGGAUUUAUUUGGAGUAACAAGCUUUUCAGUAAAAGAACACAGGAGAAUAUAUUCCAUGAUUUCCAGAAAUCUGAUAGCAAUCAAUCAACAAGACUCUACGCUGGCUGUUCCACCUGAGGAUGAUGCCAAAUUUCGGCUUGAAAAAGAAAAUGUUCUAAAGGAAUCCAUGCAAGAGUUAGAAGAGAAGCAGACUUCAUCAAAUGCAACUUCCCAGCCAACAACAUCUAGGAGGAGAACACACAGUGAAUCUGAAGAAAAUUCUUCAGAUGAUCUGCAUAGUGACAGAAGAAAACGCCAUAAGUCGGACAGCAUCUCGUUGACCUUUGAUGAAAGUCUCUCAUGGUGUGUGGUGAGCGGGCUGUGCCGGGACAGGAGCAAUAGCAGCGAUUCCACAGAUUCUGUUUCCAUUCCGGAUCUUGAUGCCAGUUCACUAAGUGAAAACUCUGAUUGGUUUGACCACGGUUCUGUUUCAGACCAGUUUAGUGUAGAGUUUGAAGUUGAAUCUAUUUAUUCAGAAGACUAUAGCCAUAAUGAAGAGGGACAGGAGCUCACAGAUGAAGAUGAUGAGGUAUAUCAGCUGACUAUAUAUCAAGAUGAAGAUAGUGAUUCUGAUUCAUUCAAUGAAGAUCCAGAGAUUUCUCUAGCUGACUAUUGGAAGUGCCCUGAAUGUAGCGAAAUGAAUCCUCCGCUUCCACGACAUUGCCACAGAUGUUGGGCCCUCCGUGAGGACUGGCUUCCUGAUGAGAAGAGUGAUAAAUUGGUGAAGAGCAAAUUGGAAGGUUCCUUCCACCUGGAAUCUGACGAAGGUUUUGAUGUUCCUGACUGUAAGAAAGUGAAAACGAAUGAAGAUAAGGAACCAGCUGUGGAAGAGAAUGAAGAUAAAGCAGUACAGAUAUCUGAGUCCCAGGAAAGCGAAGAUUAUUCUCAGCCAUCUACAUCAAGUAGCGUGCUUUGCAGCAGUCAGGAGGACUUCAGGGAACCUGAGAAGAAAGAAAUGAAAGACAAAGAGGAAGGUAUGGAGUCCAGUCUGCCUGUUAGCAGCAUAGAGCCCUGUGUCAUAUGCCAAAGCAGGCCGAAAAAUGGCUGCAUAGUACAUGGCAAAACAGGACAUCUCAUGUCAUGCUUUACGUGUGCAAGAAAACUGAAGAAGAGGAACAAACCCUGCCCGGUGUGCAGGCAGCCCAUACAAAUGAUUGUACUAACUUAUUUUGGCUAGGGCGAUGGAAAGCAACAGAAGGAACUCAUAAACUGGUACAGCAAAUAAGGGAGUAAGAAAUUAUUUUUAUAUGCUUAUUGCAGAUGAAUAUUUUGGGUGUCUUUACGUUUGGUAUGAAAAGUCAUCGCUGAAGUAAAUGCACUGGAAUUGUUAAGAUCAGCCUGAUAUUUGCUAGUUAAUUUAACAUUGAGCAUUUUAAAUCCCUCUCAGUAGAAGUAACCAAUUCCUGUUGGUCAGUGUUUGACUUUCCAGGUGUUUUACUGUACAUAAAAGUCAGUGACGUUUCAGUUACGGUAUUGAGUACAAAUAUUGCAAGCCCCUGUUGAGUGGUGAUCGCAGAAGGGACGUUCUGAAGAGUUCAUUUAAAAUCAGUUAAGAAGAAAGAAGAUUACAUUCCACAAUGAAAGCACCAGGCAGAAUGAGAACCAUCUGAGUAAGUCAAUACAAGAACAGACUAGAGCCUUGUUUCCCUCACUCCCAAAAAAUUAAAUCCCUUCGUGAAGGAGAUCUUUUGGAUGCUUGUUGGGAAACCAGGGAAGUUGUGGUAGAAAGUAACAUUCAAGACUUUGGAAAUUGAAGAGGGUACGGUGUCUUGUGGUUUUAUUGUGUAAGUAGUAAACUUCAGGGCUGUAUGAGUAUGCUGUGAGAAGUCACUGACCGGUCACAGUCUUAUGGGUACCUCUUAAAUAUCCUGAGAAAGAGACUUUUAAAACAUGCUGUGGAUGUGGUGGUCCGUACUGUCCUCUUUAUUUUAGCAGAGUGUGAAAGAUGUGAACAGGAAAGACAAAUGAAGAACUUAGCUUAAAAGUAAGGCAAAUCAGCAACAAUGGGGGAUGUUUAUAGGUUGGUUUUUUUCUGCACUUGUGUAAAAAUAGUAAGAAAAAAAGUCCACCUCCACCUGCAGAGAGAGAGAAGCUCUGUCAUUUUACUUUGCCCAGUUUGUGAAAUUCAGCAGCCUUUCUAACUAUUGCCAUUCUCUUUUUUUUUCUGUAUCAUAAGAAUUUUGAAAACCUCCUGCAAAGUUUUUGUCCAGAUAAGAGUUUGUCUCAGUUGGGUCCGUCCGUCCUUUUAGCUUUAUGUCCUCUCUGUACUUCCACAAAACCCUCGUGAAAUGUAUCAGUUUCUUUAUGAAGAAGCCUGCUCAUUGACAUUCAAAGGAGGUAACGUGAGUGUAUCUUUUUAAGCUAAAGUGUCUAAAAAUGUAGGUAGAUUUCUCACCUGACCUGUUCUUCAGAUGGAGAGUUCCUGCACAAGUGGCUUCCAUCUGUUCCUUUGGAUGACCAGACCCUGAGGGGAUUUGAGUGUUCUCAGCUCAUUAAUUUGACAGGUAGUCACAGUUCAGCUGUCCUGCAGGGGCUGACAAAUAAUCUUAGAGUCAGGAGAGCUCCUAGAAUGGAGAUGAGAUGUAAAUGCAGAAGUUGUGCUGUGUUUUACCAUCCCACAACCCUCAGGGCAGUGGCUUCCUUACCUUUGCAGCGCCAGUACAAAACUGUGCCUCUGUGCCAGCACAAAGGCCUGUGGUGUUAAAAUUACUUUCACGUCAGAGCUAAAAUGCUUAUUCCAGUCUAAAUGCCUGGAAACCAGGAGUGAAAACACCAGGAAUACAGGGAAGUACCUACUAUUUUUCCUAGGUACUUCCAUGUGGAAAAUAAAAAAUGUACAGUAGAAACAUGGUAAACACGUGUGACUGCAAAGAAGUGCCCAAAUUACCCGAGUCAGUGAUGUUUGUUUGUACAGUUGAGCUAACUGUUGAAAGCUACUGCUAGAAGAUAUCCAUCUCUGAAGCUUCACCAUCAUUUGUUUUAACUAAACAAAACAGAAAACUCAGUUGUAUGUUUCUUGAAAGGAGUUGCUUUACGUGCAGAUCCUGCCUCCAUUAACACUGCUUCCUCUUCAUUUCUCCGUAUUUGUAUUUGAUAAAUGGAAGCACAGUGAGGCUUGCAGAGGCUGUUAACUGCUGCUGCAGAUGAGAACUGAUCAGCAGUCCUAUUGGUCUGCAGUGUGCAGCUGGCAGAGAAUUCCCAACUUGUGUAGUUGGGAGAAGCACUGACGAAAUGGGGCGUGUACUUAAGAGACACUGCGAUGGAUGAAUAUUUCAUGUCUUUUUCAAUUUGAUACCUUCUCUGCAGUCACUGUGAUUGCUGUGGAAGCCCAGUUGUGGGGAGCAGCUGUCACUAACCUGCUUCCUGCUGGGACAAAUUGUGCUGUCCUGCUCUGGGCAUUCUUACCCGGCUCCCUUGAGUGGUCUCCAUAGUGAAGAAGGAAAGAAAAAUCAGCUCUGAAAAAUGCCUGAAUAGUCACAGCAGUGAUAGUGCUGUUUGCAGGCACUCGGCUUCGGGGUUUUCCUUCAGAAACAGCUUCGCCUCCUAUUAAAUCUGCGUUGGCAAAAGGUAAAAUGGGAGCAUCCAGCACAGCUGAGUUCUCCAUUUGUGAUCUAAAGUUUCUUAGCACAUUCUUUUGUGGAGAGCAGCCCUGGAGCCGCUCGCUGCUCCAUGCAGUACCAAGGAGAUGGGUAAUUGGGGGCCUGCAUCCUUGGCCAGAUUACUCAGAGUAAACUUUUAUUUUGAAUUCUGUUUUCUGGCUUCACGUUACUGUUUACAGCCAGUGAGGUUUGUCGUUUGUCUGUUCUUGUCUUUUGCUUUCUUUUUUUAAACGCGUGCCUUACAAAUAAGGGAGCGGAGUGAUGGGCUGUUGGCAUCUGUCUCAUUUCCUACUGGAGCAGCUGCUGGGGACACGUGCAGUGCAGGGCAGGCCAAGAGCCAGCUGAGAACAGCCCUUGGUCUGAUGUGCUGAAACCUUUGGGUUUGUCGCAAUGCACUGCGCUCUGUAGUGCUGACUGUAAGCUGUUGUGACUGCUCUCCUCUUUGUGGCAGAUAAACCAUUGCCUGUCCUCGUGUAGGGGUGCACAAGUUGGCAACGUUGUAGCAUGAAAGUGGACUCUUGUUCUUACUUGGUGAGGUCUUUGAGAUCAUUAUUUAAUAUUGUACACAUUUUAAUCAUUAAUUUAUUGCAGUUUGUAAAUAUUCUUGUGCUUAUAGUUAGUGUUGUGAGCUUUAUUUAUUGAAUUGGUCUGUUGGUACCUGUACAGAUAAACACGCGUGCUUAGUAAGUCACAGCUACAAGAGAGAUACUGAAGAAAUUGUCGCAUUAAAACAGAGAUACAGACUACAUUCAGGUGGAGAGAUGGAAGACGUUUGCCUUUGUUUUCAUUUUUCCUUCCCUUAAAACCAUCUCCGUGUUGAAACUGAAAUGCUCACUGCAGAGAGACGGAAGCUGACGCGACCUGAGCACAGGGAAACUGCUUUGGUGGUGGUUGCUGUUGGAAUGCUUUUGUGUCUCCCACUGCAGCCACACACUGCUCUGUGGUGCUGUUAACAUCAGAGGGCAGUGUCUGGAAGGGGGCCGGCAGUGAUCAGUGGGAGUUGUCACAGUGAAUAGCUGCGCUGGGCGGUGAUUGCCCUCACAUUUGGGACGGUGACCAAAGGAGCCAAGGGAACCAACAGAGCUGAGAAAGGAGGGCACAGUUCUGGUAACUGUGUGUGUGUGCUUCAGGUAGGCUGUAGUUGGGUACAAGUGCUGCAACAACUCACAGUUGUGUGUUUGUUUGUUUGUUUGUUUUUAAUAGAGUGCAAGAAAACCACUUUUAGAUUAAAUGCUUUUUUUCCCCUUUAGCCAAAAAUGCUAAGUUUGAAGUGAAAUACUCAAGAUAGCUGCCAAAGCUGCUUUGGUUCAGCAUCUGAUACUGAGAAGUGCUGGGGCUGGUGAAUGGUAAAUUAAUUGAGAACUUUGAAUGCUGGAUCUUCAGCUCUAUUACAGCAGAAGUCCGUUGCCUUUAUCUGUUAGAAAUGUGGGAGUGAAGCAGGUGGUUGGGCUGCUGGUGGUAGUGAGCGUUUGUGCUGCAAAGGCUGCCUUUGUAGAGCAGCUCCUACGGAGUGAUGGCUGUUGGUGGUGCUGAGCAGUGUCAUCUCUGCCAUGCUGAGGCUCUGGCUGUAGCUUCAGCGAGGAGGCUGAUUUACGAAGGGUGGAGAUGCUACAAAAUGUAACCGGUGAGGUGUUGCAUUUGUCUCUAACAGCCUGGUACAAUUUUGUUACUGAGUUCCAAUUCCCGUGUUUGUUUAAAUGUCACUCUGAAAUUUCUGUAUGGAUGUGAAACUACAUUGGAGGGAGGACUUCAGGCUCAUUUUUCCCUUGCAAGACCAAUGUGAGGACAAAAAGCAGUUCCUCAUUCUUAGAGAAAGCACCAACAAGACUGAUUUUUAGUAAACCAUGCUCUUAUAGGAGGGAGAGUAGGAAAUCAUUAGAAGCGUAAUGAAACAACAUGAGGUGAAUAAAUGAAUCGGUAUUGGGUAGAAACAUUGUUUCUCAUCUUAACCUGAAGUUGCUGUUGUGCUUAUCCCAGGCAGAGGAGAAGCUUAGCUGUGCAACGCAGCCUGAAGGAAGGGAAGUUGGUGCUGUGUUAUGUGCCAGUGGAAAAGAGCUUGGAGCACAUGCACUUGUAAGUGACUUGCAGGGUGGCACUGCUCCUGCCUGCCUCUGCUCACUGUCUUUGUCACUCACGGUGUAGGCAGGGGGCGCAUGGGAGCUUAUGGGGGAAUAUUUGAGAGUUGCGUCUUGGAGUGUUGCUUCCAGCUAAUGUAUACUUGCUUACCACAGGUGCACUGAAAAGGAAUGUCUUUCUGUGACAGAUAUUGUAUGUGCAAACCUUGUUGUUGACACUUCAGGCCGUGUUUUCUCCUUUUCACUACAUGUUGCUUUCAGUGGGCAGUUUUUGAAUGGCAGUCACCAUCCCGAUGACACAACACCUAAAAUAUCAAAUGGCAUUUCCCAAAGCAGAGCCUUACUUUGUUGUCUGUCUGUGUGCAGCUGGAAUCAUUAUUUAAUAGACAGCUGAGUGUGAGAUUACAUAACUAUGCAAUUCUGCCACUCCUGCAGCACUGCCCCCAUGCCCCAUGACUUACUGGGUGUCAUGCAGUGAGACACAGCUCUCCACUCACAUUGCACAGAGUAUAGUUCCAUUUAGGAGAAUAAUUUCCAACAUGUACUAUAUUUGUGUUUGGGUUUCAAGUUCUUCCUUUUCUGAGGAAACUAAACAUUUUAUCUGUUUAAAAGCUUUAAAUAAAGAUGUGUUUAUAUCCUCCUCA